UUGAUGGAUGCCCAGGACAACAUAGAGUCUGCCUCCCCAGCAGCUACCACACUUAUGAUUAAUGGGAUUAGAGGAAAUGAGCCACAUGAUCCUGUGGAUGACGUGAAGUCCUUUGAUGCUGCAGAUGCUCCUGUCACAUUUCCAGCCUUAAAUCAGAAAGAAAUCCAUGCCUGUCACAGAGCAUUGCCACCCAUCAUUUCCAAAGAGCCUUGCUUGCUGGGUCCUUCUUCCCCACUACAUUUGUCAGAUACAGGAGAACAUGUUAGCAGUGACCCAUCAUCUCAGGCCAUAUCCUUGACAACCUGUGUCACCAAAGGUCUCAAUUCUUGGUCUUUGCCCAGUGACAGUGAAAAAACACCUUUCACCAUUAUGGAACCUGGGACGAUGUCAACCUUGACCGAGGACUGCUUGAUGCAGCAAAGUCGGACUUGUUUGGGUUGUUUUAUAGAAACAAAGGAUGGAGUAGACCCAGAACCUGGUGUCAGUUUGAAAAUGGGAGAUAUAAGUAGAGACUAUGACACAUGUCCAGUUUCUGACAUGGGGAUUCACUGCAUGAGUACAACUGACAGUCUAAAAUAUGGUGAUCAACUGCUUUCUGACCAGCUUUUAAGCUUCCCUGUUCAUAAAUCACAAGAAUCUGAUAAAAGGGACCAUGACAAAUCUGACAGUGAUUCAGAGGACCCCACUCAAAAGAACUAUUAUGAUGGUUUAUUACUGGACAAAUGCAAUGGAGAUGAGGCACUCCUGGCUAACCCUAACCAAGAAUGGGGUUACUUUGAGUCAUUUAUUAGUGAGAGUAAAAUUGAACUACUUGACUUGUGCUCUAAAAAUGAGCUAUCUGUUAAUUUGUUUUCAGAAGAAGAUGUGGAUAAUUACAUGUUUGAUGAUGAUGAUUCUACGCUUGGCAGUGAUGUGUGCUCCUUGAAAAUCAGGUAUGAAUCAUUCCAGGACAAUGUGAGAGAGAAGACAAAUGCCCUACAAGAGGAUGCUCAGUUUAAUUUCUUCCCAAGUGUCUUCACUAACUGUCCCAAGAGAGAAAGUAAAGGGUCAAAAAAGAGGUUAGCUGACCCUUCUCAAUUCAAACUGGAAGAGGGUGGGAUAUGGGAAGAUGAUGAUGAAGAAGAGGAAGAAGAAGAGGUUGAAGGUGUAAAAUCAGGCUUAAAUAAGACCUGUGGAAAUAUGGAUGUGGUACAGUACAUAAGCACCAAAAGAAGUCAUUUUCUGGAUUCUGUUAACUCAGCUGAAGACUCGGGCGAGUACAGUGAUGAUAGCUCAUGCAGUGAAUCUUCAUAUGAUGUUCUAGGAGAUAUCAAGGACUGUACAAGAUACCUAUCACGUGAACACUCUCAUUCACUCAUUCAACCAAAUUAUGGUCUGAGGGUGAAAAGGAAAGUCAGGUACAGUGAUGACUACCUGUAUGACAUGGAUUCACUAGAGAAUGAAAAGGUUGUUGAGAAGAAGGAAGGAGCACCAGAUGGACCCAAAGAAGAAGAUGAUGAUGACUGGUGCCCUAAGAAACGUCGGAAAGUUUGUAGGAAGGAGCCACCUGUAAUCAUCAAGUACAUCAUAAUUAAUAGGUUCAAAGGAGAGAAGCACAUGUUGAUAAAGCUUGGAAAGCUUGAUGCAAAUGAGACAACAGUGACUUUGAGUAAUGAUCAGAUGGGAAAAUACCAAAAGCUUGCUCCACUUAAAGAGUACUGGGAAGAAAAAAGGAGAAACUUUUCUGCCAUGAGUGCACAGAGAAGUCUUAUUGGAGGUAAGAAUGCUAUUCCACCAAGGAAGAGAAAAGGACAUCUAGCAAAUCGACACAGGUUACAGAGGAUACAAACUAUAGAGCAACCAGUCAUGCUAUCUUCUUUUGACCACAGGCAGGGAUGCAGUAGCAAAGAUGAGGCUAGCCUUAAUGAAUUGCAUUCUAUAACUCUGAAAACACCAAGCUGCGUGAAUGGAUUACGCUUAAGUGACAUAGCAGAAGUUGCCCCUGUAAAAUGCAGAUCUUUAGAAAGGGAAUUAAAAUGUGCUGAUCGGAAAGUGAUAAGAAGAAUAAAAUUUAAAAGUGAAGCCAGAUUGAAAUGCAAACAGCUGAAGCUAGAGCAGAUCAGUGAAGUUAGUGCUGCAGAUGCAACUGAAAACUGUCCUGCCAUUGAGAACCAGGAAUCAGCAGUUCUCUUGAAAGAGGAAGCCAGUCACAGUGCAUCAGACAGUUCCCAUCCAUCUCAGUGCCAUGCUGAUAACGAAGCUAAAAAUUCUCCAUUUCUGCAAGCCACCUGCUCCCCCGACAAGCCAUUACCAUCUGCUCAAAUCACUACCAAUGUACCAGUUAUCCCUGGAGGGUAUCUACAGACUUUGUUAGAUGCAUCAGAUUCAUCUAGUGGCACUGGUAUAACAUACUUUGCCCCUCAUCCCUUGGGGCAGCACUCAGUUAACAUCAUGCAGACAGAAAAACAGUUCAGUUCCCUUCAACUUGCACAGAGCUGUGUGCUUUCUCCCCCUUCAGAGUCUGAGCUGCAGCAGUCACCCCAUCACUUAGAUAUAGAGCAGAGCUUCCCAGACAUGUGGCAUGGCAAGCCCCCUAGCAGUCAGGCUGAGUUCAUAUCUAACCUUAGGGAAGUGUCCAUCAUAUCGGGAGAUUUUGUCGGUUCUGCUGCUGUAUCAGAUACAGACAUAACAGCCUCUGGAUAUAGUCAAGUUCAACUGAACAGCAGCAAACAGCUGUACCACAAAACAUAUCUGCAAGAAGACCAGAUUCAGCAGGAUGACUCUUAUCAGCCCUGUCAUUAUAACAAUGGAGAUGGGCAUUUUGUUUUGCAGAGAGGCAUGCUUAGUACAGACAAUGGGAGGCUUAUUAGUUUUGACUCAGUGGGCUCAUUGUCAGUUAGUUCUAGUAAUUACAGCUCUUUAAGCAUGAAAUCUUGUGAAAAGGAUGGAGAAGAUGAAAUAAGUGAUGAUUUCUUAGCUCAUUGCAGCCCCAAACUUGUGAUUCAGCAGAGCAUUGAUGAAAUUACCCCGCUGAAGGAAUCUACUGACCUUCUGGACAUCUCCAACUUCACCCCUGACAAAUUCCGCCACUCAUCCCUAUCAGAGAUGUCACCACCAGAUACCCCUAACCUCUCCCCUCAAAUUACAGUCACAGAUGCAAAGUCAGUAGGGAACAUAAAGGCUUUUCAAAAUGGUACCCAGGUAGUGCUUAAUGGACCAGAGAAGUCUAAGUGGAACUGUGCUGUUCUUCCUCCACAGGAGCAGACCAAUAGUGGCUUUGCACUAAACAACCAUCAGUUUCAGUUUCAUAUGUUUAAUGAUGAAGAUUCUGUCAAUGUUCUGGAGAAAGGUCCAUGUUUGCCAGCAUUUGACGAGUCUGCUGUUCCUGUCCAUGCCAAUGGCAAAGCCUCAAAAUCAAAAAGGAAACUGUCCACUAGCAAAAACCCAGGUGCCAACCAAAGUUCUCCAAAAAGUAGCAAGAAGAAAACCACAAAAGCCUGCAAAGGGACAGAUAAAACACAAACAAACACUCCUCGACAAACUUCCCCUAAAACACCCAAGAAAGGAAAAAAUGCCAACAGUGAAAAAUCCCAAAGUGCAGGCUACCGAUCAGGUCUAUUGAAUAAUGCAAGCCCUACAAAACAGGCUUUAACUGACUGCAUGCAGCUUUAUGAGCCUGGCUCUUCCAAGACAGGGAAGCACAUAGCUGGGGUCAAUGAAUGGAUGCUGGAUAAAGGUAACAAGGCUCCUUGGCCUGAACCAAAGGUAGGGAAUGGAAACAAUCUCCUUGAUGAUGAUCAGAGAGAAUUUGAGGAGCCUUCAAACAUUCUUUCCAAUAUUGCAUCUGGAAUGGCUGAUGUUCAGAGGUUCAUGAUGGCAUCAAUGGAGCCUUUUUACAACCCUGUGGGGCCCAGUGACAUCCCAGAUAUACUACUGUCUCCUGAGUCAAACAGCCUAAAAUUGAAAACAUUGAAAAUUUUGGCUGGGACGCCACAAGAUUUCAAGAAAAAAGUAAAUGGCAGCACAGUGGGAGGCUCCAAGAAGUCAACCAACAAGGGCUCAGGUAAGAACAAUGCUAAGUUUGGAGUUUUUGAUCCAAGCUGUACAUUAGGUUAUGGAUCCAAUCUUCAUGCAGCCUUCUUUGAUAAGAACUUUGGAAACCUCAGUAUUUUAACCAAUAAUGUACCAACACACAAAAAGUUGUAUCGUCAUAAAUCAACAUCUAAGUCUCUGCGAGAUGAAAACUGUAAAGGGAAAAGAAUAGACCAAGCACACAAGGACCCCUUGGUCACAUCUGCAUUUGAAAAACUGAGGUAA